GACGAUAAAACCGGGGGUAAUUGCGUUUAGGCAAAUGAGGCUGCCUCGGCCCUCCCCGUCGCCAGGUAUAUAAAGUGGGGAGCGCUUCCGCGGACGGCCAAUGCGCACGGCGAGCAGCGCCCGCCCUCCCCGGUGCAGACGGACGUCGAGGCGGCGAUGAGGCUCCCGCUGGCUUUCACCGUGCUGCUCCUGGCCUCGGCGCAGGCGCUGGCCGAGGAGAUGGGCGCCACCGACGACCUCAGCUACUGGUCCGACUGGUCCGACGGCGACCAGGGGAAGGAGGAGCUGCCGCUGCCCCUGGAGCACUUUCUGCAGAGGAUGGCCCGGAGACCCCGGCCCCAGCAGUUCUUCGGCCUCAUGGGCAAGCGGGAUGCCGGAUAUGGCCAGAUCUCUCACAAAAGGCAUAAAACAGACUCCUUUGUUGGACUUAUGGGCAAAAGAUCUUUAAAUUCUGGGUCCUCUGAAAGAAGCAUAGCACAGAGUUAUGAACAGAGGCGUAAAUGAGACAUUCCUGUGCAUUAUUUAUUAAACUUAAUUUGUUCAAAUGGCCAAUGCAGUGUAAUAUAAACUAACCACUGUAUGGAAUAAUUAUUUAUUUAAUAAUAACCGAUGGGUUUGUUUCUUUUUUUGAGUUGUACAUUCAAUAAAAUUAUUAUUUUUCAUAUUGUGGCAGUGAUACGUGUUGUAUAGGUGCGUUGUGGUUCUGAAAGGACCAGCAACCCUGGUGACAUCUCACAACAAAGCACAUCAUUUGAUAUGACCCUUAAAGUUAUGUUCACUAAACAAUAAAAACAAAUUUGUUCAUUGAAAGCGAGGCUAUCGGCUUCACAGCCAGUGUGGAACAGAGCUGAUGUACAGUCUAGUGCCUCAGUUUGUUUUCAUGGUUUAUAAUGUACUGUAAUUUCCGUAUGAAAAAAUAUAUUUGUAUCAUUGCAGCAUGUUUUAUGUUUUGUGACUAUGUAUCUAUAUAUUUUAAAAAAAGGGGAUGGGUAAAGUUUGAAUGGGAAUCCAAGAUCUUCAUUUCACAGUCUGGAAUUUUAUGAUAGCAACAUUUUAAAUAAAAACUACUCUGGGGAUUUUGCAACAUAA